CAAACCCUUUUCUCUCUCUCUCUCUCUGGUUAAUUCCUCGUAUUCCUUCGUAAAGAGUGGAUUCAGUGGAGACUGGAGACUAGAGAGGGAGCUGGAGAGAAGAACCUCGAAAGCGGCAACCUAAUUUCUCUAAUUUUUUGUUAAUUUGUUUUUCUCUACUUCUUAUCAAUUUUCUUUUCCUUCCGCCACUUCUGAUCCCGAAUCCCGAUUCCUGGAAUUAAAAAAAAAAAGCAAUAAAGGGGAAUUUGGAUAGGAAAUUUUUUUCCGUCUUUCUUCUUGUUCGUUAUGUCUAUGCGAAGGCGGACCUUGCUCAAGGUCAUUGUUCUAGGAGACAGUGGGGUGGGAAAGACGUCUUUAAUGAAUCAAUACGUACAUAAGAAGUUCAGUCAACAGUAUAAAGCUACAAUUGGUGCUGAUUUUGUCACAAAGGAGCUUCAGAUCGAUGACAGGCUUGUCACCCAACAAAUUUGGGACACAGCAGGACAGGAAAGAUUUCAAAGUCUUGGUGUUGCUUUUUACAGAGGCGCAGAUUGCUGUGUUCUAGUUUAUGAUGUCAAUGUUCUCAAAUCGUUUGAUACUCUUGACAAUUGGCAUGAGGAGUUUCUCAAACAGGCUAGUCCAGCUGACCCCAAAACAUUUCCAUUUAUAUUACUUGGGAACAAGAUUGACAUAGAUGGUGGGAAUAGUCGAGUGGUUUCAGAGAAGAAAGCAAGAGAUUGGUGUGCUUCCAAGGGAAAUAUACCGUACUUUGAGACCUCAGCGAAGGAGGAUAUCAAUGUUGAUGCUGCAUUCCUUUGUGUUGCCAAAUCGGCAUUAGCAAAAGAGCGUGAGCAAGACAUAUACUUCCAGACCAUACCUGAGGCUGUUUCAGAAAAUGAGCAAAGAGGAGGAUGUGCAUGCUGAGAAAGGACUAACUCAUUUCCAACCUCCUAGUGCGUGGUUCAUUUUCUUGCCCCUGUGUUUUUUUUGUUUUUGCUUUGUUGUGAUCGAGCCCUUUUUUUUUUGUACCUACCUUAUACACAAUUGUCAAUCGAGACCUGGAUAGUGGUUCAGCUACUGUUGUUGUAAAAAUGUCAUCUGUUUUGACGAAGGCAAAUUUGAGGAACUGAAAUGGAUGAAACCCAUUUUGAAUUGUUUCACAA